AUGCCGCGGGCAGCGAGCCGCCGCCCCCGGCCUCCCGCCAGACUGGUGGCCGCGGCGUCCCCUCUCCUGCUGCUGCUGCUGCUGGCCUGCUGUGCGGGCUCCAGCCGAGACCCGGGUCGCCGCCCCACGGCAGCCAGCGGCGCCCGCGCGUUUCCCAGUCCCUGGGGACGUCCCCAGGCCACGCGCGGCGGUACCCAGGCGGAGACCCUGCAAGGGGCAGGCUGCGGUGCUCUGAUAUUACCUCAAGGAUUGCAGCCUGAACAAGAAGAACUACAGUUGUGGAAUGAGAUAGCUGAUGCUUGUUCACCUUUUCUGUCCAUUGAUUACCAGCCUCAGGCAUCCAAGGUCCUGGAGGAGCUUUGCUUUGCACUUAUGGGGAUUCUACCAAAGCCUCAGGAACAAGGUAGAAAAGAUAAUACCAAAAGGGAAGAAUUCCAAAGUCGUGUUGUAGGUCGAAGUCGAGGAUAUUUUUUAUUCAGGCCACGUAAUGGAAGGAGGUCAGCAGGUUGA